AUGGAGGGAGCAGGAGGCUUAGACAAUCCGGCUUUCGUCCCAUCCAGCCCCGGCCCCCGCCCCCGCCGUCAUUUACCGGCGUCUCCAGCAGAAGUCGAGGUUUCCGUCUUGAGUGGUCCUGGAGAAGAGCUGCCGGUGCCCCAGCAGCCACUAGAGCAGCCCUCGGAUCUGGAGGAGGGUCCCUGUGGCUGGGGACGCUUCACCCCCGACUGCCUGCAGCUCUGCAACAACCCCAAGGGCUUUCUGUUUCACUACUGCCUCCUUGCCCUCAUCCAAGGUAUUGUAGUAAAUGGCCUAGUAAAUAUUAGUAUAUCUACUAUUGAGAAGCGCUAUGAACUGAAGAGUUCCUUCACUGGUCUGGUAUCAUCAAGCUAUGACAUUUCAUUCUGUUUGUUGUCAUUAUUUGUAUCAUUCUUUGGAGAAAGAGGGCAUAAACCAAGAUGGCUUGCUUUUGCAUCCUUUAUGAUGGGACUAGGAUCUCUUGUAUUUUCUUUGCCUCACUUUACAAGUGGAGAAUAUCAUUUUGGAUCCAAAUUGGAAGAUACUUGCCCAGCAACAGGAAACGUCAGCAGUUGCAAGGAUGCCACCUCCAACCUUUCUAACUACCUUUAUAUGUUUGUCUUGGGACAGCUAUUGCUGGGAGUAGGAGGAACCCCUCUUUACACACUAGGAACAGCCUUUAUUGAUGAGAGUGUUCCCACACAUAAGUCAUCUCUCUAUAUAGGAAUUGGAUUUUCUAUGUCAGUCCUAGGCCCUGCUAUCGGAUAUGUGUUGGGAGGACAGCUGCUAAAAAUCUAUAUAGAUUCUGAUAUGGGGAAAAGAACUUUUAUCACUGAAGAUGAUCCCCGCUGGCUGGGUGCAUGGUGGAUUGGGUUUAUUUUGUGCUGGUUCUUGGCAUGGUCUUUAAUUAUGCCUUUUUCUUACUUUCCAAAGCAUUUGCCAGGCACAGCAGAAAUACAGGCUGGAAAAAUUUCUCAGACCCAUCAGAAUGAAAGUGGCACAAAGACUACAGACAAGAAUUUUGGGAAAAGCAUUAAAGAUUUUCCAGCUGCUCUUCAGAUUUUGCUGAGAAAUCCUGUAUUUAUAUGUUUAGCUCUGUCUGCUACUGCAGAAGCUUCAGUUACUACUGGUUUUGUUACAUUUUUGCCUAAAUACAUAGAAAAUCAAUUUGGAUUGUCAUCCAGCUUUGCAGCUACACUUGGAGGAGUUGUUUUAAUUCCAGGAGCAGCAGUGGGGCAAGUUUUGGGUGGUGCCAUUGUGUCCAAAUUCAAAAUGGCUUGCAAAAAUAUUAUGAAGUUUUCUCUGCUGAUGUCACUACUAGCCCUGAUACUGAGUAUCACACUUCUCUUUGUUAAAUGUGGAAAUGAGCCAUUUGCUGGCGUCUCUGAAGCAUAUAAUGGGACAGGAGAGCUGGGAAAUUUGACAGCCCCUUGUAAUGCUAAUUGCAACUGCUUGGGUUCAUUUUACUAUCCUGUUUGUGGAAGAGAUGGUAUCCAGUAUUUUUCUCCCUGCAUUGCUGGCUGCAAAAAUUCAGUACCCAAUAGCCAGCCAAAGGCAUACUACAACUGUUCCUGUAUUGGGAGGACAAAACAAAUGAUGUCUUCUGCAGAAAGUUUGAACUUCGAAGCCAAAGCUGGGAAAUGUGAAACCCGCUGUACAAAGUUGCCUCUAUUUCUUGGUCUUUUCUUCACUAUCGUUGUUUUUACCUUUAUGUCUGGUGCUCCAGUUACCGUAGCUAUUCUUCGGUGUGUAAAUAACCAUCAACGCUCUCUAGCCCUUGGUGUACAGUUUGCUUUGGUCCGAUUAUUGGGUACAAUUCCUGGACCAAUUGUAUUUGGCUCUGCAAUAGACAGUUCUUGUACGCUUUGGGAAAUUAACCAAUGUGGAAUUAGAGGAGCUUGCUGGAUAUAUGACAACACCAGAAUGGCCUUCAUGCUAGUAGGAAUAAGUAUUGGUUGUAAAACAUUAACUAUACUCUUCAAUACCCUUGCACUCUUCUUGUACAAGCCUCCUCCUUCUGGCACGAAUGUCACAUUCCAGAGUGAGAAUGUAGUCGUGGCUUCUGUCCCAGGAGAACCUGAUUACUGCAAAACAAGACAUGAUGGAUAA